AAGGGCUGUCUCAGGAGCUUCCCUGCUUCUCUCCCCUCCCUGCUCAGGAGAUGAACCUUUUCUGAGGUGUUGGCUCUGCUCUGCUCAUCCUUCUGAGAAGCCUCACUGUGCUGACAUCCCAGCAUCUUCUCCACUGGACCUUGUCACAGUUCUGAGAGUGUCCCAUUCUCCGCUGGCAUGAAAACUUCCUCAAAGGAAGAAACACCUCGGCUCACCCAUGUGGAAAGCAUGAUGUUCAAGCUCUGAGCAGGCCCCUGAACUCAGGCAGCUGUGUCCUGUCUAGUGCCCGCCAUCUGGAUGGCAACAUAGCUGAAGCUGAAAAGGACACUAGCGCUGACUGAGGCUGGUGGAGCCAACCCGUGAGGUGCCAACUCAGAUCUGCUCACCAGUUGUUAGGCAGACUCAGGCUAUCUGUGCUGCAUGCGACCAGAGGCUGAUGCCCUUCCAGACACUCUUGGUUGUGCAGUAGCAGGGUUCAGGGAAUUUGCCCAGGCUGGUAUACCUGUCUCUCCUGGAUGCCGAGAUUUGAGACCCAGAAAUCUCCCAUGGCUCCUAUUCACAUCCGCCAGUAUCAGGACAGUGACUAUAAAAGUGUCCUGGAUUUGUUCAUAAGCGGCAUGGAAGAGCACAUCCCUGCCACCUUCCGCCACCUGCUGACGCUGCCCCGGACCCUCCUGCUUUUACUUGGGUUGCCGCUUGCCCUGGUCCUCAUGUCUGGCUCCUGGCUGCUAGCUGCUAUGAGCAUCUUCUUUGUGCUCCUUCUGCUGAAGCUCCUUGCCAGACAGCCCUGGAAGGAGUAUGUCGCCAAGUGUUUGCACACAGACAUGGCUGACAUCACCAAGUCCUACAUGAAUGCCUGUGGCUCCUUUUGGGUGGCUAAGUCUGGGGGACAGGUGGUGGGUAUUGUGGGCUGUCUACCAGUCAAGGAUUCCCCAUUAGGGAGGAAGCAGCUGGAGCUCUUUCACCUCUCUGUGUCCUCACAGCAUCGAGGUCAGGGGAUUGCGAAAGCACUGAUCAGAACUGUCCUCCAGUUUGCACGGGAUCAGGGCUACAAUGACGUUGUCCUUGAAACCAGCGUCUUGCAGCAAGGUGCUGAGGCCCUCUAUGUGAACAUGGGCUUCCAGAGGACAGGACAGUACUUCAUGAGUGUGUUUUGGAGAUUUGUGGAUAUUCUUACAAUUCAAUUAAAGCAUCCCCUGCCUUCUGCCUAAGAAGUGGCGCUGAGACCUAUGGUCCUGUGCAGGAAGCAGGUCCCCUCCACUUUGCAGGAACCAGUGAACCCUGUCUUGUCAGCGUAGUGAACAAUAAAAGCUCCUUGCUG